UCUCCAGGCAAGCACACAACGAGCUUCAACUUUAAAGCAGGAGCACUAUCCAGUUUCUACAGGACUGGAAGAGUCACACACACACACACACCUUGCUGAAUUACUGGAGAUCAGAGCAACGGGACUGUCCUUCACUGUCUGACUGAGGAAGGCACAUCAAGACAGAGCACAUGCCAUGAGGUGAUCACUCCAUAAACGCGUUCUGUCUGGCCCUUUUCACCUGAAGACAUGGGGUUAUGUGAGAACAUCAGGGGUUGGAGGUGGCAGGGCAGCGCUGGAGCGUUCAGGGCCACUCUGGGAGUGUUGAUGCUGGGGCUCAGUGUGGCCCAGUCUGUCCCACCCCAGACUGUCUGUCCAGCAGCAGCGGCCCCACACAGCCUCACCCAGCCCCACUACCAAGACACAGCAAACUCCACUGUGGGCUUCAUGUCAGCUCUGGUCCAAUCCUUCCUUAACACAGUCCAGCCGAACCCUUUUCCUAAAGAUCUGAUCCUGAGAAUAGUCAAGGAGUUGGAGCAACAGCAGUUAGAUCAAGAAAUCCACAAAGAAGCCCUAGUGUAUCAAGUGGGUUUCCUGGUGUGCGCAGCCAUUGGGGUCCUCUACAUCGUCCUGAUGCCCAUAGUUGGCUUCUUCUUGGCGUGCUGUCGCUGCUGUGGCAACUGUGGUGGGAAGAUGUACCAGAAGCAGACGCCCUCCAUUCACUGUCGCAGAAGAACUCUCUACUGGACUGCGUUCGUCACCACAGUCAUUAUCCUCGCUGGGAACAUUUGCAUGUUCAAAAGUAACGAAGCCAUCAAAGGGAGCGUGGACCAGAGUAAAGUGGAGCUUGACAAAACUAUAGACAACAUCAGCUCCUUCCUCACAGCGGUGCCUCAGCAAAUCGACCAUGUGGUACAUGAAAGUUACAGAACCAUACAGGAGGUUACCAGAAACCUAGAUGCCAUUGGACCUCAGCUGGGAGCAGAGAUCAAGGAACGCUUCAGAUGAACCCUGGAUCCAGCUCUGCUCUCAGUCAGACUGCUGGACCAAGAGACUGUAAACACCAGUCUUCAACUGAGCAAGCUGAACACAUCUUUGACCCAGCUGCAGUCCACCACAGACCGCCUCCAGGCCAACGUCACUGCCGUCAAAAAUCGCAUCAAUCAGACUUUAUCCAACCCAAACUGUGCUGGCUGCAACAUGCUGCAACCUGAGCUACAGAAACUAACACUGGACACCUCCAUCACUAUUCCCAGUUUGAAUGAGUUCCAGUCUGCAGUGGAUGAAGUCAACAAAGCGGAUCUCAAAUCCAAAAUCAAGGAGGUAGAGGGCUAUUUCGACAGCAUUCCCCAGACAGUGACCAAUGAGACUAAGGAUGUAGUUCAAAGCAGCAAGCAGCAGUUGGGUGACAUCAAAACACAGAUCUCCCAGGUUACCAAUGACAUCCCUUUAUCUGCCCUGACCAAUGUGUCGGACACUCUGGGCCAGUUGCAGAGAGAAAUCAACAAGAUCACACCAGAGGCCGAGCGGGUCGAGCAUAUUAGAUGGGCAGUGUGUCUGGCCCUGUGCCUCGUGGUCCUCCUGGUGGUGGUGUGUAACCUCAUGGGUCUGGUGCUGGGCCCUGUGGGUCUGGCACCUAAAGCAGAUCCCACAAAGCGCUCCUGCACGGCGGAUUGUGGCGGCACGUUCCUCAUGAUGGGUGCAGGUUUCAGCUUCCUCUUCUCCUGGCUGUUCAUGAUAGUGGUGCUGCUGCUGUUUUUGCUGGGUGGGAACAUUUACACUCUGCUCUGUCGGCCCUGGAGCAACGGAGAACUCCUGAAGUUUAUUGAUACUCCAGGUUUAAUUCCAGGGCUGGAGAUUGGCCCAAGUUUGGGAUUGAAAAGCAACAUCAAUAUCUCUGAUAUCUACAGAGACUGUGAGGCAAACCAGCCUCUGUGGACAACACUCCGCCUGUAUGAGCUCGUAAACCUUGACGACGUGCUCAAUGUGUCUAAAUACACGGAGGAGAUCCGGGAGCGCUUUGAGAACACAGACAUCACUCUGUCCACCAUCACUCUCCUGAGCCCUGAAGUUAAAAACCAACUCAAGAGCUUUUCCGACACAACUGCAAAUUUUGAUUCCACUGCUGUCACACAGCAGAUUAACAACGUUUCCAGCAUCAAUCUGAACACAACCGCAGAUAAACUCGAUGAGCUCGCUACCCUUCAAAAAAACGCUGAUACUAAAAAUGAGCUCCAAAAGGAAGCAAUGAACCUGAGACUGAUCCAGGCCGACAUAGAAACAACUUUCAUCCCACAACUGGAAAAUGUGAACUUGACCAUCCAGAGCCUUGUGGCCAGUGCGGAAAAGAUCAAUGGAACAGUGGGGGAGGUGCUGAGCAACGUGGGAGCAGCACAAGACUUCCUCAACACAAAUACGACACAGAUCGUCAAGACCGAGAGCAGAAAGUUUUUGGACUGUCAGCUGGGUUACUUCACUGUUUAUGCAGACUGGGCCAACCUCACGAUCACACAGCAGGUGGGCCGCUGUGGGCCCGUGGCGGGAGCUGUGGACUCUGCUGAAAUUAUCCUCUGCUCGCACAUUGUGGAGUCUCUGAAUGCGUUCUGGUUCAGUCUGGGCUGGUGCAUGAUCUUCUUCAUCCCCAGCAUCAUCUUUUCUAUCAAACUAGCCAAGUACUACAGAAGAAUGAAGUACUCUGAUGUCUAUGAUUCCAGCGACCACUUAGUGAUGAACCAUAUCCCCCGAGCACAGAUGAAAUACCCCUGAGAGGACGGCACAUGUGGGCUACAGCUUUAAAAGACUGCAGGCACAACUGUGGCAUCGCUUGACAAAACAAAGACACAUGGUGCACUCCUGGACAGAUGUGUCAGCGUGGUGAACCAUCUCAAACUGACAAAAUAAAAUAAAAUAGUGAGGUUACCGACUUUUUUUAAAGACGCAAAGCAGCUGCAGUGGUCUUAAAACAGAUGUCAAACAUCACACACAGCAUCUUUGAAUUGACCUCAGGGGGACACAGGGCGUAAGGGAAUCUGCAGGGAUUUUUCCAUCAAUUUAAAGAAACAUUUCAAAGAGUUUUAUCGUAUUACAUUAUUUUUUUAAUAUGUAUUUAAUGUGUGAACUGAGCUGCUGCUGGAGUGAGAAUAUCUGCUUCAAAUUUCAAACUCUAAAGCCGAUCUUUGUUGAGAGUCGAUCACAUUUCCAUGUGUUUACAGUGAUGUUGGCGUGCAGUGCUCUCAGAGAAUGCAGCAGUGUGUUACUGUGCCAACAGGCUUUUUUUACAAUGUGCCAGCCUCUGUCUGUCCACUGCCACGGUUCGGCAACCUUAUUCCAAUGGGAAACACGUUUUAAUUAAAUUCUUAAUUACACUUGCACUAAUAUUGGGAAUCAAAGCACAAUUUUUCUGUAUGAAUCAUGAAAUGAAUAUUUGUAUUUGUGUGACUGAUGUGGCCCUAACACUGCUGUUUGCAAACUACACAAAGCAAGUCUUUGCUUGCAAAUAUGUUUUUUGUACAUAUUGAUUUUGACUGAUGUGAUUCACAUAUUGGAUAACGAUGAUUUUUGUACUUUGUGCUCAAGUGUAGAUUGUGUUUUGUCUGUCUGUUACACAGCACUUUAUAUGGUCUGUUUGCUCAAUGUGAUUACAAGGUUGUGAACAUUUCUGCGAGCUGUUGUGAAAACUACUGUCAAGUAAAGAUUGCCACUUAUCAA